UGUUAGUCUUUUUGAAAUAUUUUGAGACUUACUUAAUGAAUAUAAAUUUAUUUAUAUAUAGGUGAUAAGCGUAUAUUUAUUUUUAAAAAAUCAUUUAAAUAAUCGUAGAACAGUAAAUCAUAUAGGUACUUCUGGGUUAUACCGGCUGCAUAAUUUAUAAACUUUUGCCUAACCGCGACGUAAUAAACAGCUGUUAUUGAGUUUGACAAAACGGGUAAAUGUAAUGCAGUGUUUCCACUUUGAGGCAUUUACUCCAUUAUCGGGGCGAAAUGGUAAUUUUGUAUAGACUUAUCACUAAAGAUUUUAUAGCGCCAAUGUUCUGAAGGAAAUUUAAUCAAAUUGUAAUAAAUGUUAUCUAUUCAGUCUAAUUUUACUUAAUAAUUAUUAUAUUGCAGAUUACAAAGAUAGUUUUAGGUAAUAUAAAACAUUUACAGGUUUGGAACCCUUAUAAGAAGAUCUAGUUACACUUAGGUACCUAUUUUAUUUUACUAAAUACGUGAAACGCUAUAAUGUUCCUCGAAAUAGGAUUUUCUAAGAUCCUUAAUGGAAUUCUAAGAAUUUUCUUGGAAAAUGCAGUGUAAAAUCAAAAUUAUAAGUGGAAACACUGUUUGAAAGGCAAAAACUCGCGCCAUUUGUUAUUGUCGAGUCCAGUAGUCGGUCUACGCAUAGCGAUUUACGGUUUCGUUGGUUUGCGAUGUUUGAUAAAUUGAUAACGGGUCGGUAGAUUGUGGACAAGGUCAAAAUAUUUUCGAUACAGAUCAUUUUUUCCGAUGUUUAUCGGCUACGUUUGUGUGUGGUGACUAGUGGUGGUGGAAGCUUCGAAAAAAUGUCGCUCAGAAAUUUGUUGCUAAGAACAAUAACAAGAAAGAACAAAUUUAUAAACUUUGCUUCAAUAGCUACCCGUAAUGAACAUCCGCAGGGCGAUAAGAACAAAUAUGAAUCAAAGAAAGGUUAUGGGAGAGUGGUCACUGGUGCCGUACUGGGCUCUGUGCUUGUGGGUUCAGCUGUGGCAGGUAAACUAGAAAAUCUAAAAGAAGGCAGAGAUCAAGUAAGGAACAAAGGAUUGAACAAAGAUAUAACGGAUGAUCUCAUAGUAGAAGCAGGUGGGAAGCGUCCUGACUUACCAACAUACAGAGCGGAGGAAGUCAGCCAGCAUGAUAAUAUUAAAAGUUUCUGGGUAACGUACAAGCACGGAGUGUACGACAUCACCAAGUUCCUUCCGUCGCACCCUGGCGGCGAGCAGAUCCUGAACGCGGCCGGGCUCAGUAUCGAGCCGUUUUGGAACGUCUAUGGAAUGCACAAGACACCUGAGGUGUAUGCAUUGCUGGAAUCAUACAGAGUUGGCAACCUCCACGACGACGACGUGGUGGACCACUCUGAUGAGGAGAUGUGGGUUCGAGAGCCGCUGAGGGACCGGCGGCUGGUCGUGAAGACCGCGCGACCCUUCAACGCAGAGAUACCGCCCAAGCUGCAGAUACAACACCUGGACACGCCCAACGAGUUAUUUUACGUCCGUCAACACAUGCCUGUUCCAGAGCUGGACCCGGCGACUCACCGCGUGAAAGUGUCGGUGGGGGGUCAUGACCCCCGCACCUUCAGUCUGCAGCAACUCGACCAGUUCCCGCGCGUGACACUGCGAGCGGCGCUAAUGUGUGCAGGGAACAGGCGCAGUGAAAUGAAUAAGCAGGUGAAGCCAGUGAAGGGUCUGGAUUGGGCUGGUGGCGCCAUCAGCAACGCGACGUGGACCGGGUUGAGGCUCAGAGACGUGUUGUUGCAGUGUGGGGUUGAUCCCACAGAUACCAAAGGGAAGCAUGUCAUUUUGCAAGGCGCGGACAUAGAUGCGACGGGCGUGAACUUCAGUACGUCUAUCCCGCUGGCCACGGCGCUGAGUGAAGAGCGGACGGUGUUGCUAGUGACGCACAUGAACGGGGCCCCGCUGCCCCCCGACCACGGCGCGCCGCUCCGCGCCGUCGUGCCCGGCGCGCCCGCCGUGCGCAGCGUCAAGUGGCUGGAAUCUAUAACAGUAUCAGAACUGGAAUCUCCGUCACAUUGGCAUCAGAAGGACUACCGCGCGUUCAACCCGUCCAAGACUUGGGAAACCGCUGACUUCUCCACCGCGCCGCCUGUCUACAGCCUGCCCGUGACCUCCGCUAUUUGUGACCCCGGGGACGGCGAGCAGGUCAAAGUCAAGAAUGGGCAUGUGGAGGUGAAAGGAUACGCGUACUCAGGCGGCGGAGCGAAGAUAAUGCGCGUGGACAUCAGUGCGGACCGCGGCGCGACCUGGGUGGAGGCGCAGCACCUCAUCAGCGACGACGCGCCCCCUAACACACAUUACGGGUGGACGCUGUGGACUGCCAGGGUACCGGUGGGCAAGGGACAGUCUGAGCUGGAACUGUGGGCAAAGGCGACAGACAGUAACUUCAACACGCAGCCGGAGAAGUUCGACGACAUUUGGAACAUUAGAGGCAUACUCAGCAACGCUUACCAUAAAAUCAAAAUCAAACUGCAACAUUAAGAUAUCGGCAGUUAGUAUUUAUUAUGAUACAAAACAGACUACAUGAAAUGCACUAAGCUUGGGAUAUGUACAUAAAAAGUAUAUUUUAUUGCUACAUGGAAAUUAUGUGACAGGAAUGGAGCAUUAAAAGCAGGCAUUCCAGUGUUGCCAUGGGUCAAAAUAAACGUAUGCCAAACAAAAUAUUGUAGAAACUAAAAAAUAAGGACGCCUUAACACUGGCCGAUGAUUGCACGUAUCAGCCAUUGCCCUAAAAAAGAUUCGCCAUUCCUAUUCUAGAACUCUCGAAAAUACUAAGAAUUUUCUGAUAUUCGAAAUAAAUAAUUAUUAUGUGUACGAAACGACUGAUUAUAAUAUUAUAUAGUACCUUAAAUGCAAUGUAAACCAUGAGUGACUAACAUAUAGGGCCACGGUUACAAGAUCUUGUUAUUUUUUAAUUCUUUUGCAAAAUUUUGAUGAAAAAUGUUCUUGGUAAAAAAUUUAGAAAAGACAACAAUUAAUUUGGGAUUAUUAAAAAAUUUCAAUGGAAAAAAAAUUGAAUAUUGCGAUAAUAUAUAUAAUUUAAUUGACAUAUCAAAUAUGACAUAGAACCUUGCAUGUAUGACCCAUUUAUAUAAUCAAUAAUAACAAUUGAGAGAAGCUCCAUCUCGCGACAGUGAGGAAGAAAAGAAUUCCUUAUCAGAACAACGUAGUAAUAUUUCCUCCUUAGUAUUGGUAGCAUAAUUAUUAUUUUGAAGACUCAAGGGUCGCAGUUUCGAAGAAGUUAGGCAAUAUUUUAUGACUAGCAUGAUUUACGACUUUUUUCAUUAAAUGAUUCCAUUCUUAAUCUUCAAUUCGAGUCCGUAAAUAAAGCAACGCAAAUAAGUCAUUCCUAAGCAUGGCAAUAAAAUAUUUGUGCUGAUUGCUUUAUUUUAGCGAUGGAAUGAUAAAAACUAUUGGGAUCAUUUAUUGACAACGGCGGUUAGUCGGGAUCGGAUCAACCAAGACAGGUUGCAGUUUAGGUAGUCUAAAAACAGCCGAAUGAUAUAUCUGCAAUUUGCGUGGAAAUGUUUAGGUAUAUUGGUCACUGAAUUGGACAGAUAUAACUUAGGUGAAGUGAGGACAAAAUGACAUCAAACUUAAGGGCUCCUGGACACUUUUGGGUUAACAAUAAUAAACCUUUAUUAUUGUCACUAGUCCUAAUUAUUCCAUAUCCAAGUUUACUUUUUCCCUCACAAAAAAAAAUUAGGGGUAAUUAAGGUGUUUUUUACGUUUCACACAAUAUUUUGCACUUGUAUAUAUUUAAUUCAGACUGAGAUAUGCCAUUUGUACGCACAAUCUGAAGACUCAAAAUUGUUUCAAUCGGGACAAUUACAUACACGAAGCGUAAAUUACACAUGCCGCCAUUUUCAAUAAACUAUCCUAAUCGCUUUUUUAAAUCUAUCUCUAAAAUGGACUAAUCAGAACAAAGUAUUUUUUGACAUGUUAACAAAUGAGUUAUUGCGAUUCUCGGAAGCCGAUUAACAGUCGAAAUUGGAAUCGAUUAUUGAAUAUGGAUGUUAGUAGCCGUCUUUUUUUUUACUGGUUAAGUAUAUCGACUCUUUCACUUUACACAUCAAUGCCAAAAAUAUGUAUGUGUGCGUACGGAACACUUUUUCAUUUCAUUUUUAAAGGUAUGGCAUAUCUAUACUUCUUAAUUUAUCAGUGUUUACAAUAAUAUAAGAAAAUUAUUAUUAUGUUGGAACAAUAUCGCAUAAAUUAUGUAGUAAUAUUAUUAAAUUAUGAUUAAUUUACAUACAUAAAAGUACAUUUAACAUGUAACGAACAUAAAGUCUGACCAACCUUUUAAAAAUAUGAAGGUACAAAAACAUAAGUUUUUUUCACUUAGAUGUUUUUUUUAAAGUUAUGUUUUUUUUAUCAUGAACAAAUGUGGGGUACCAAAGGUAUCUCUACAAAAUGUUGUUAUGGUUAAUUAUAUUUUUUUUUAUAUUUUUGUUACAUAAAAUAGGUGCAAGUACAUAUUUACUUAAUAUUUUGGCAAAGGAGAUUAAAUGGUUGUCUAUUUAUUUUAUGUUUU